CGGCAUGCCGGAUUUUAUUUAUUCAUCAACAAACAAGAGAAGAUGGUGGCGGAUCUAGCUUCCUUACCUGCCGUGUACCAUGAACAAGACCCCAAAGCCAGCUCCCAGAACGUAAUCAUGUUCCCGAGGGGUUACGAGGGGAAGCAGAUAUAUUUCUAUUUAAAUAAAACAGGAGAAGAUAAUAUAUUGGAUCUCUGUGAAGUUGAAAUCCUAGGUUGUACAGGUUCUGAUGAAAACUGCAAAUGUCCAGUAACACUCCCUGAAGAAUUACCAGUGGAUUUUCUUGAGACUGAGGUUGCCUUUCGGGUGAAUAAUAAUAUUACCCUUCAGUGUCAUUCUCGCUACAUACUUCUGCAAAACAGUUCUGGGUUGCUGAAUGAAUGUAAUUUUCAAAUGAAAUGUAAAAAUGAAGCGGACAGUAUUCAGGUCAAUAGCGUUUCCUACAGAUGUUUGGAGGUUUGUAGAAAUGAUGCGUACAAUGAGUCGACCACGGUCCUCGUCAAUCUAAACAGUUCAAAAGCCUACUACCUGAAAGAAGAGAAUAUCACUCUUCAGUGUAAAUAUCGCCACAAGCUGAUUAUUGGUCAGCUGACGAGAACCUGUCUGGGCAACCUGACAUGGACUGGAGACAAACCUGUGUGUCAAAGAUGUCAGUGUCCCUGUGAGCGACUAAAAACUCAGAAUUUCAUCACAGACCCCCAGGUGCUUGCGGAAAGAAUAGAAGAAAUUAAAGCAAAAUUGAAGGUGAAGAUAGCCAAGUUAUCGUCCAAAAUCCGGCAGAAGACCUCGGCCUCAGACGAGCGGAAGUCUGUACAGGGAAUAGGAAUGGCUCUUGGAGUAGGGAUUAUAACUUUCAUUUUCUCGAUCAUUAUCUGCAGUGAUCUCCCUUUGCUAUACCGGCACAUUAGGCACGGAGCUUUCUAACAACCUGCUUUAAGAUUUGUUAAAAACUGCUUUGAAAUUUGGGAGCUGUGUCACGUACUAUGAAAAACAAUGUACAAAGUGCAACAAAAAUUAGAUGUAGAUUAUUCCACUAUGAAAAAUCAUUUCAAAUUUCUUUAGAUUUGGGACCAACUCAUCGCCGGAUUUCCACGGUUGAUUAGGCUUUGUUUCUUGGAUAGAAGAAUUGUAACCAACCGUGUGUAUCCGACUGGAUCCAGGUUAUAAUUAACAUACUUCCUUUUUAGAAACACAAAGUGCGCUAAUGAGAAACAUGAAAUAAAACCUUUUGCUUCUGGAAAUGUUAGGCUGUACAUUAGUAACAAGCGAAUGCCACCAAGACAGAAGUUUGUGCUUGAGCAUAAUAUGAAAUGCAAUCAAACAUUAAAAAUCCCAACAUUAAGUUUACUGGUAUUUCAUGUGUAACGUUACUGUAAAUUAAACGGCUGAAUCCUCAAAAUCAUGUGUAAAAUGUACUAUAAAAUAAAUUAUAGCACUUUGAAAUAAAAAAAAUCACACCGCGUUGAAUCUGAGCCCACUUAUUUACAGAUAAUUGGGGGGUGGGUUAAAAUCGAGUACAACCCUUGCUUAUGGCCAGGCAGUAUGGCGAGACCCUAUUUCACGUUUUUCUCCCCAUUUUCCUUAUAUAGACAUAUACUCAUACACAGCUACACAUUUGUUGUGAAAUUUAUAAAUUUUCAACUUUCUGUGCAAAGCUGUAUAUCAGAUUGUCCAUCACCUUUAUCAUAUUGAUUGUGAAUUGAUAUGGUUUGAAAUGUAUGUUACAAAUUGAUGGGUAGCCUACAUGAAAAGGUGUAGAAUGCUAAUAAGACAUAUCAGAAUUUUAAUGUCUAAAACUAUAGGUGGUACAAGUCACACGGAUAUUUUAAAUAAGACUUUCUGGAAUUAUUGUAUGGAACAGUAACACAUAUCGCCAAUUGAUUUUUAAGGCAAACAUGUACUUUCAAAACUUGUUAAAUAUUAACAUCGAAGUUGGUUAAACAGAGGACAUGCAAACAAAACGUCGUGUUUACCUGCCAAUAUAGUAGGAUACCUAACACAAUAUCUUUCUUCCCUUUGAAUAAUUAAUUGUUUAACGAUAUCUGCCAAUCGUUAUCUGUAAUUUGUGAACAUUGUUUUUAAUGGAGUUUAAAAAUAGGAAUGAAGCUUUUUGAAAAAUGGAAAAUAAAUUUUGCAUUUGCACUCUAUUCAGAUUUUGAGAACUCAUUACUAAUUUACAAUAGAAUGACAAUUUACAUUCUCUUCCUGUUUCAUAUUAUCAGUGGGGAAGCAAACUAUUUUUUUUUUCAAAAUAAUUUUACUACACAAUUUUCAAAUUCAUUUACAAAUAAUGUAUAUGUAUUAGCAUUGAAUUCAAGAACAUCAGUUAGUAUUGUUAAUUCAGAUUUUCCUAACAAAUUUUCUCAUUUGUGCAAGUUGUUCAUCUUCUAUACAUACAUUUGUAGGAGCAAGAGUGUGCUCUCUUGUUAUUCAGCCACUUUCUUUAGUCUAUGAAUAUAUCUAAACCUUGGUUAUAUAUUCUGUAAACUCUACUGUUACUGCUGAAUUAUAAGAUAUGUGACUUCUUUUUUUAUAUAUUCUGUAAACUCUACUCUUAGUGCUGAAUUAUGAGAUAUGUGACUUCUUUUUUUAUAUAUAUAUAUAUUCUGUAAACUCUACUGUUACUGCUGAAUUAUGAGAUAUAUGACUUCUUUUUUCCGAAGUCUUUGGUCACUGCUUUAACAUCACUAUUCCAAAUGUCCAUAGUACCGUAUCAGUCAAAAUUGGAAAAUGCUAGAUGAAAAUGUAUAAAAAUUAGCAUUUUUUUUUUAGAAAAAAAAAUAUUCUAGAUUGUUUCGUAGUUCUUAUUUGGUAAUUAAGGAAAUGUGCCUUCCAUGUCUUACCUGCUAAAAUCGUGUAUGUACAUGUAUGCUGAAUUUUACAUUGUUUUUCAGGACAACACCCAAAUAUACAUGUAUUGUACCCAUUAACAAACGCAAUAGCCCUUUUCUUAUAAAACAUUGUUGUACAACUCAAUUUCUUAAAGGUUUUACUAGAAUAUACUUGGUACAGUAUUUGAUUUUUAUGCAAAUCGUAACGUGUACAAGUGAACAUAACAAACAGUGAUCAAUCUCAUAAAUCAUAUAAAUAAUGCAAAAUCAAGAGAAGGGCAAGCACGGACAUUUCAGAGUGGGAUCAGGUGCCUAGGAGGAGUAGACAUCCCCUGUUGACCGGUCACACUCACCAUGAUCCCUAUAUCUUGAUCAGGUAAACAGAGUAAUCCGUAGUUAAAAUCAGUAUGUAUAGAACGGCUUAACAAUUGGAAUAAAACACGUCAGCAUUCGACCUUGUGAUGGUUUGUCUAAUUUACGGCAAAACAGUAUUUUUCUAGGCAAUGCUGCAGCCCAUCGGCUGACUCUGAUAGUAGUAAUGAAUUAUCACCAAAAAUAAACUACUAAACUGAAUAUUGUUUAGUUUAAUGGGGUUUGAGGUUUUUGUUAAACUUUGCAUUAAUCUGUAAAAUCGUCAAUAAAUAUGUUAAAACGUAUAGAGGUCAAAUUGUCUCCUUGUUUUACCCCACACUUAUUAGAGAAAAACUCACUAUGUACAUUUGAUUGUUUCAUAGCAUUUACAAUAGAACAAUAUAACGUUUAAUUAUUGUAUGAAAAUGACAUCCAGUACAUUUGAAUAGAGGUUUUUGAAGAAAAGCAGGUUUUCUUAGUUACAUUAACAAAGCAAGCAAUAAUUCAUUGUUUUGUAGUAAAAAUAAUUGCUAACUAAUACAUAUACGUAUUUUCAAAAGGAAAAGGUUGUCAGUUGUGCAAUGUUCUUUUCUAAACCCAGUUUAAAAAGGUCUUAGUAAAGAAUUACUUUCUAGAUAAUUGGACAGUCUUGUCCGCAGAAGUUCACUAAACUAAAUAAAUGAUUUUCCAAACAACCACAUAUAUCAACACCCUUGUAUCAAAAUGUUAUAACUAUUUCGGUCACCUCAUUGGUAGAGAACAAUAAAUACCACGUACAGUCCACUCCAUUUAUAUUGAAGUCGGUUAUUUUGAAAUAUCUGUUAUAUUGAACUUAAAAUAGAUCCCCCGGUAGCAAUAUUUGUAUAGUUCAGCAUUGGUUAUAUUGAACUUUGGAUAUAAUAAUUCAGGUCGGUCCCCUGAAUUUCAUUAUAUCCGGAGUAGACUGUAUGUAGUAUUUUACCAGCAAUAAGUAUUCUUAAAAAAUAAUUUCAUCAAAGUUUGUAAGCGAAUACUUAAAUUAUAUACAUUCAUUCAGAAUCAAAUUUGGUCCUGCAGAUUUCCUUUUGUCAACUUUCAUUAUUCUACAUAAGUGAAAGGGGAAAAUAUACGUCUGGUAAAGUUUUAAAGGAUUAUCCCCCUAGAAUUUAGAAGUGUUGAAAAAUGAUUUCCACCCCUCCUAAUGUCAGAACUCUUUUAUUUUACUAUUGAAUUUUCCUCAAAAUAUUUAGGUCAACUGAGUAACCCAUGCGACCUAUUGUAGUUAACUUCGUCCUUCCUUUUUUGAAAACUACAAGGCCAUUUGCUACCAUUUUUUGUGUGAAGCUUCUUUAGGAUAAGAGGAAUGUAAAAUGUGAAAUGUGUGAUUUUCUCUCCUCCAGGGCCUCGUGGACAGGGCCAAACAUUCAAAAUAGAUGGCUUGUGUUUUUGUUUAUGUAAGUUAAAUGUACUACAUGUAGGAAAAGUUUCGUUUAAAGCAGAAUAAUCAAAUUACAAGUUAAUUCUGAGCACAAAUACGGAUGUACUCUACAUCAUCAUAAUGGCUGACUUCCUUUUAAAACAAGAAUGGAAAUAUAAAUAUCAGCAAUAUUUGCCUAUCCAUUUAAAAAACCAUCGCCUAGCUGAGAAGCUCAGUUGUUUAGCACGUCGACUACUGAACUGUAGAUCACGAGUUCGAGUCCAACAGGGGUUUUAAAUUUUUUUUUCACAUUGCUUUCUACUAAACCUGCAUUUUUUUGACUAAAUAAAGUAUAUUUGAAAGUUAUCAAAUUUCAAAAUAUUGUGGUAAAUAUCUUCCACUUUUCAUCCAUAUCAAAUUUCUCUGGUGUAGCAUACAUCCUUAACAGCUCUAGUGCUUGUCACAUAUCAUUAUCUUUUAAACAUGGUGUUUUCUAUUGAGCAAUAUAUAAGUACACAAAUACAUGGCACGAGCCUACUUUAGAUAACAAAGAAAUGUGAGUGCUGUAUACGUAUCUCACUUGUAACUCAAUUCGUGUCCAAGCCCCUUUAAUAUACAUUAUAUAUCAGUAUAGGCAAUGAUUUUCCAAGGAAGUUUGGGGUUUUAUCUAAUCGCUAGAUCACAGGAAACUGAUUCCAAUGAGGAUUAAAUAAAAAAAUUCUAACGAGCUAUUAAUAGUAAAUUUUAAAUAGCAAAACUUUUCUCAAAUCAACAACAUCAAAAUGUAUGACUUUUCAACACUUUACACGACCAUUCCAUUCACCAAAAAUGGAAAAAGGAAAAAUUCGUAUCUAGUGAUCAGUCAUCCAAAAUAUUACUUUGUUAAACACCACUAUGAUUCCACGCACAAGUACUCUGAAGCUGAAAUAAAAAAAAAUAAGCUGAAGUUCCUCGUUGACAAUAUCUUUGUAGUCUUUGGUGAUCAGGUCUUCCAAUACUAGUAGUCUGUUGUAAUUCCCAUGGGCACGAAUUGUGCUCCUUUGUUAACUGACCAGUUUUUAUAUUCUUAUGAAGCAGAGUUUAUUUAAAAACUUGUACCAGAGAAGAAAAAAUAUCUUGC